AUGAAUAUUCUUUCGGUUAACAUCAGGGGUAUGGGGAGUAAAGAUAAUGCGGAUUGGUUAAGGGGUAUUAAAGAGUCUCUGGGGGUUUCGGUUUUGGCGCUUCAGGAAACUCAGUUUAAGGACUUGUCGGAAUUUAAUAUCAGUAUGUAUUGGGGAAACUCCUCAUUUGGGUCCGAUUUUGUUGAAGCUGAUGGCAGGUUGGGGGGAAUUCUGUGUAUGUGGGAUGAGAGCGUGUUCCAAUGUACGAGUACGAACGUUGUUAUGAAGAGGAACUUAUGGGAAUCGAUUGAGACUGUUAAAAACAACACCCCGGGAUGGUGGGUUAUCUUGGGUGACUUCAAUUCAGUCAGGUUCAGGAACGAGAGAAAGAAUUCUAAAUUUAAUCCCACAAGUGAUAACAACCUGAAUAAUUUUAUCUUCUCAGCUGAUGUAAGGGAGUAUUCUAUGAGAGGCAGAUGUUUCACUUGCUACACAAAGAAGGGGAACAAACAAAGUAAGAUUAAUCGAAUUCUUCUAUGCAAUGAUUUUUUCUCAAAGUGGCCGGAAGCAUGCUUACGGGCCUUGCCGCGGCUCCACUCCGAUCACUCACCAUUACUCUUAACGGUGGUGAACAAAUGUUAUGGUCCUAAACCAUUCAGAGUGUUCGAUUCCUGGUUUGAUAGGGAGGGAUUCAAAGAAGAAGUGUCCAAGGCCAUAGAGUCGUUUAAUGGCGAAGGGUUACCAGAUGUCUUAUGCUCGAAACUUAAGCACAUUAGGGGGAUCAUUAAAAAGUGGAGAGACAAGACUAUAUUUAAAGAGAAAGAAAAAAAGAAGACGCUACAAAACGAGAUGGAAGACCUUGAUAUGAUUGCUGAGUCUAUAGAUCUUAAUGAACAGGAAUUAUGGGUGUACACAGAAUGCAAAAAAGAAUUAGAGGAAAUUGGGAUGUUGGCGAAUCUUAAACAACGUUCUAGAAUUAGAUAG